AUGGCAACCUACCCACCAAACAUGCCUCCAAAGAAAAAGACUAAAAAGACUCCGAAGAAGAAAACUGCAGAAAGUGAAAAUGACUUGGAAGAGAAGUACAGGCGCAGUGUUCUGGAUAUAGCCGUCCUGCAGGAUCACAUCACCUUACAGUGCGAGUCGGUAAGAAAGGUCCAGGCUGACAGAAUCGACCUGAGGAGUCGUGUGAGAGACAUGGAACAGAAGCUGCAGCACGAGAGACAAGACCACAGGGACGUCAGCUCCGACCUCAGUCGCCAAUACAAAACCAUGCAGACAGAGCUGACCAGCAAGGUGGAGAGGCCUGAGAAGGAGGCGAGCCAGCUAAAGGAAGAACUUGUCUUGAGUCAAGAAGAACUGAGCAAAGAGAAACAGAAGCGUGAGCAAGUGGAGCAGGAGAAGGACGCCAUCAUUGUAGGUCUUCAACACAAGCUGGACAACCUGGAAACAGAUUAUGAGAAGAUCCUGAUUGAGACUCUCGACAGCCUGACAUCCCAGCUGUCUGUGGCACGACGGGGAUGGGAGGACAAAAGUACAGCGCUUCAUCAAAACUACAAGGAGCUGCUAGCUGAAUUUGGCCUGAAAGCACUGGACAUUUAAAAAAAAAAAGUUCUUCUCAGUGAGACGCACUUGUUUGAAGUUGUUUCUACAACUUCACUCUAUUCUGUCAAACUGCUGCUUGAGGUUUUGGCUCAACUGAAAGUGAACUCUGCAGCAGCAUCAAUUUGCAGCCCACCGUUUUGAUAUGCCUAACACAUGGAUGGAUGCUGUCAUUAUAUAUUUUACAGUCAGAGAACUAAAUCAGUUUAGUUACCUGUGCAUAUAUGCAGUAGUUCAUCAUGUAGUGUCUGUAAUGUCAUGUAAUGCCCACUAGAUGUAGCAAAUGACUGUUUAUGGUCGGGAGUUUGCAGUCAGAAUACCCAAUGAUACCCAGCUGCUUCUACAGUGUGUGUUCUCUGUUUUAUAUGUUUCGAUACAUAGUGUAAUUGGUUGUUUAUGUAAUGAAAUAUUUAAAAGUUAAAUAAAAGCAUGUGAGGACUACA